AUGAUUAGAUGCUUCAAUACGCACAUAAUUAUUUGUAUCAUUAAAAGCAUGUUUGUAAUUUUAAACGAAGAUGAAUAUAAAUAUGCCCUGUCAGAAAUUCUUAGUUCUGCACUUAUUAAUGAUAAAUGUAUGUAUAUGAGAAUAAAAAAACAUGAUAUGGAUUAUUUUAAAAAAAAAAUUAUAUUUUUUAUGAAAAAAUAUAUAAUUAAUAAAAAAUUUUUAAUAGCAGAAGAUCAUUAUAACAUUGUGAAGAAAAAUAAAAAUGGAAAUAAUAAAAAUAGAAAUGGUCAUAAUAAUAUUUAUAGGGUAUACCAUAUUCAUAAAAUAAAUGAAUUUUAUAAUUGCUAUUAUAUAAGUACGUUACAUUUAUCAGAAUAUUUUGAAAAUAAUGGCAUAUGUCUUAAAGAUAUGACUUAUAAUAAUGAUAUGUGUAAUGAUUACAUUCUAUUAAAUAAUAAUAUAUCUCAAGAUACAAAUAAACAGGAGGAUAUGAAUUAUGAGAAAGGUGUUAAUAAAAAUAUAAAUAAUAAAUAUUAUAAUAAUAAUAAUAAUAAUAAAAAUAAUAAUAGUAAUGACAACAAUAAUCAAUCGAAUAGAGAACCACAAAGUAAUAAUAAGGAACAGAAUAAACAAAAUAAUAUACUACAAAAUAAGAAGAAAAAAGAAAAGAUACCAGUGCAAGGAAUAUAUACAAGGGUGAAUACUGUGAAUAUAGGUUAUAAUAUAAAAAAUGCUAUAUCACAAAUAUUUAAAUAUAAACAUAAAUAUAAUGAAUAUUUAAAUUAUGGUAUAUUAUGUGAAUUAAAAAUAUUAUAUGAAUUAAAUAUAAUAGAUUUAUUAUUUUUAUUAGAUGUAGAAGAUAUAAUGAAACGAUAUCAUUUGAAAUAUGAAAUCAAUGAAAUUUAUUUAUCUCUUCAUAUUAAAGAACUAAUACAGAAUUUAUAUGUAUUAAAUAAUAUUAAUCAUUUAAAUUAUCUUUUAUUCUUUAACCCUAUACAUAUAAGUAAAAUAAAUAAUAACAUACUUAUAGAAAUACCUAUGGAAUCAGCACUCAAAGUAUUAUGCCCAAAUAUGUUUAUAUCAUCAUAUAGUAAAAGUAAUAUAUUGAAUGUUGAUAAAUAUGACAUCUGUUUAAUAGACAAAAGUGAUAAGGACAAUGUGUCUUCCAUAUAUGAGACGACACAAAGCAAAAAAAGAACUUUUGACAAGAACAAAAAAAAAGAGACAACCACCAAAGGGGAGACCAUAACAAGUAAAAAUAUAACCACAAAGGAUAACAUAAAAAACAAACAUAUAACCACAAAGGAUAACAUAACAAGCAAACAUAUAACCACCAACGAUGUAAUUACAAAACAAAAUAUUAGAACCAACGAUGUAAUUACAAAACAAAAUAUUAGAACCAUUCUGAUGAACAGCAUAAAGCUGCCACCCUUAAGCAGCAAAUCCGAAACGAUCCGUAUUAUCUACUUAAGUUGUCUUAGCUCAAAUAAAAUAUUCUUGAAAAAUAUAAAUAUGUGUUACGAUGUUGUGGUAUUUAUAAAAAUAUUAAGAGACUUAGGAUUUCCUAUUAUUUUCAAGGAUAAAAAAAUAGAUGAAUAUGUAAAUAAUAUAAUUAAUGUUCAAAAAAAAAGAUAUUUAGAAGAAAAAAAAAAAAUUAAAGAUGAAAAACUUUUAAAGAAUGCAAAAAAUAUUAAUAAUUCAUUUAAUAAAUGCACCAUUGAAAAUUUAUUUUGUAUAAAAAGAAAAAGUUAUAUAGAAGAUAUUUCAGAAAUGAAGUGUAAAAAAAUGUGUAAAGAAAAAAAAAACAAAAAUAAAAAUACUAUUUGUAAUAAUAAAUAUAGAAACAAAAAAAAAAAAAAAAAAAAAUUGUUUGAAUAUACAAAAAAAGAUGAAAAAAAUAUAGAAGAAAUAAGUGAAGAUCAUGAUAAUACAGCUUGUAUUGAGCAUUCUUCAUUAUCUUAUUUCUUUUUAAAAAAAGAAAAAAACAUAAUUAUAAUUAAAGGGAAUAUAGAAAACAGUACUACAUUAUUUAAAAAAUUUGUUUUCAAAAAGAAAAUUAUAUUAAAUGUUUAUAAUUGUGGAACAGUUUGUCGUUUUAUAUUACCACUCUUAUGUUUAUAUAUAUGUAAACAAAAUAUAAAAGCUAAUGAAGAAAAUAAACAAAAAAUUAAAUCAAUAAUAUUAAAAGGAUGUAAACAAAUGGAAAGUGUACGUAUCAUACAUCCUCUCAUAAAAGUUAUAAGAAAAUGUUUCAAAUAUAUAAAAAUAAAAUAUUUAAAAAAAAUAUAUUAUUUACCUAUACAUAUAUCAAUUAAAAAAAAAAAAAACAUAUUAAAUAUGAAACAUGAUGAUAUAUUCAUAACCAAAAAAAUUUAUGUAGAUAAUUAUUAUUCAAGUCAAUUUAUUUCAUCAUUACUUUUAAUAUCUCCUUUUUCAAAUAAUAACACAAAAAUAUGUUUAAAUUAUCAACGUGCAUAUAAAGAAAAUAUAAUCAACAAGGAUUAUAAAAAAAAAAAAAAAAAAAAAAAUUACAUUAAUAGUAAUAAUAAUAUUAAAUAUAAAAUUAGGUAUAUACAUAAUAUAUCUGACCAGAAAGAAAAAAAAAAAAUUACAUUCUUUAAAAAAUAUAUGAUAAAUAAUGAACGUGAUUUAAAUAAACUAAUUAUUCCUCAUCAUUUAAAACAGGGUAGCAUUAUGGCUAAGAAAAAUAUACAUACAAAUAAAAGUAAUAAUAAAAAUAAUAUAAAAAAUAAAAAAAAAAAUAAUUUGAAUAACCAAACAUAUGUGCAACAUAAUCUCCCAUGUGAUUAUACCUUUUACAAAAAAAUAAAGAAUCAAAAAAAAAAACAAUGUGGGUUAUUUAAUACUACGUCUAAAGCAUUCAUAGAUAUGACGUUGUGUGUCAUGAGGACGUGGGGAGUAAAUAUAAAGGUUAGUCAUAAAGGAAUAUAUUAUAUAAAAAAAAAAAACAUGUAUGAGUUAUAUAAAGAAAUAAAAAAUAAUACUACAAAUGAUGAUGAUAAUAAUAAUAAUAAUAAUAAUAUUAAUAAUAAUAAUAGUAAGAGUGACAUAUAUAUUAAUCCCGCUAAUCACAAUGAACAUCCUUUUAAAAAUACGACAAACAAUGCACCCUCUUCAAAUAUUCUCAAAAAAGAUAUCCAGAAUCAAAAUAAACUAAGUAGAAACAAAAUCGUUACAAAUUUACUUCAGGGGGAUAAUAAAAAAGAAGGAAAUAAUAUGAUAAAAAAAAAUGAUGUUGUGACUAAAGGUACUUCUAAAGGUACUUCUAAAGGUACUUCUGAAUGUAUGAGAAAAAGGAUAAAUAUUGUAGAGGAAACAAAAAAGAAUAAAUUAUAUAAACAAAACAAAGAAUGUUUAACAAAGGAUCUAAAAAUAAACUUAAAAAAGAAUGGAAAAACAAAUAGAUACUAUUAUUAUCAUAUUAAUAACGAUUUUGGAUUAUAUUUUUAUUUCAUUGUAGGUUUUAUAAUUAAAAAAGAAAAUUGUAUGAUCACCUUAAAAUUAGAUAUUAAUAAUUUAAAUGUUAAAUAUAAAGGAAAUAAUAUUUACAAAAUAAAAAGUGUCAUGUAUCAAGAAGAUAUAUAUAAUUAUUAUCUUCUUAAUAUUCUUUUAUUAGUUGGAGUAAAGAUAUAUAUAAAAAAACAUAAGAAAUUAAAUAAUUAUAGUAAAUAUAAUAUAAAUUAUAAUAAUGUAAUACGUUCUAAAAAUAAAUCUAAUAAAUUAUAUAUGGUUCAUUUUAUAACAUCUAACAUUUGUAUUAACAAAAAAGAGUUAUUAAGACCAUUUUAUAAAAUCCAAAAAAAAAGAGAAAAAAAAAAAAAAAUAUAUAUUAUAAAUGAAAGUGGAAAAAAGAAUAUAAUAGAAUCUAGAAAUAAUAUGGUUUCAAAUAAUUUGCAAGAAAAAAAUAUGGUUAGACCCACUUUAUUAUGUAACAUGUCAUGUAAUAAUAAUAUAUCACCUUUAUUUAUAUCAAUGAAUGAAUACAAUAAAAUAAAAAGUAAUAAUUAUAUAGAACAAAUUUUAAAUAAUUAUAAAAUAAAAUAUAAUAUUUAUGAAAAAAUUUAUAUAAAAUAUGAAAUGAAUGAGAAUCAUAUAUUAAGUUUCAAAAUUGUUAUAGAUGCAGAAUCUUUUUCAGAUGAUUUUAUUUCCAUAUGUAUUUUAUUUAGUUAUUUCUUAAUAUAUAAUUUAAAUCAUAAUAUAAUAUUUAAAAUCAAAAACAUACAUAAUCAAAAUAUUAAAGAAUCAACUAGAAUAUAUCAUGUAGUCUAUAUAUUAAAAUUAUUUUUUCAUAACUUAUUAUUUAUUUCUUGUACUGAUAAUAGUAUAUAUAUAACUAAAAUUUUACAUCAUAUACAAAAUAUACAUUUUUAUAGAUAUAAAAAAAAUAAACAAACAAACAAUAUAAUAAAUACAGACAAAAAUAUAAUUACAAAUAAUAACAAUAUAUAUACAAAUUCUAUUCAUAAAAAAUAUGAAAAAAUCCAGACCUUUUGUAAUGAUUCAAAAUAUAUUGUAAAUAAUAUGCAAUCUUUAUAUCUAUAUGUAGAUACACAAAAUGAUCAUCGAAUUAUUUUUAUGGUAACCAUUUUGUCUCUUAUUUUUAAAAAUAUUAUAAUUAAUAAAUGUGAUCAUAUACAAAAAAGUUUCCCUUUAUUCUAUCACUAUGCAAAAAAAUAUCUACAAAUAUAUGUGCAAAAUGGAUCUAAUGAAUUUAUUAAUACUUAUAAUUUUCACGGUGUUAACAAUAUUAAUUUGUUAUACUGUAAAAAAAAAAAAUCUCCUCAGAAGGGGUCUACGCCAAAUGAGGAGAAUAAAAGUUGGCAAACAAAAGAGAGUGAUAUAAUAAAAGAGAUGGAUACACCAAAAGAGAGUGAUAUAAUAAAAGAGAGUGACAUGUCAAAAGAAAGUGACAUGUCAAAAGAGAGUGAUAUAAUAAAACAAAAUGAUAAUGUGGAACAUAUGAACACAAUAAUAGAAGAGGAUAAAAUAAAAAUUGCUAAAUAUACAGAAUCUAUUAAAUAUAAUAAUAAUACAUGUGAUUCUGAAUCCAUUUCAGUAUCUACAUCUGUUUUAUCUUUUGAAUAUGCUAAUGAAUCAUCUGAUAAUUGUAUGAAUAACUUAAAUAAAGAAAAUAUGGAAACAAACAAUGUAAUUAUAACAAAAAAUAAUAAUAAAAAUAAUAAUAAAAAUAAUAAUAAUAGUAGUAAUUGUAGUAGUAGUAUUAUUGCCAAUGUUGAAGAAGAUAAAAAAAAUUAUAAAAAGAAUUAUAAAAAGAAUUAUAAAAAGAAUUAUAAAAAGAAUUAUAAAAAGAAUUAUAAAAAGAAUUAUAAAAAAAAUGUAUUGCACAAAAUAUUUAUAUCAUGCUUCAACUUGUUCUCUUCUAAGAAGAAAAAAAAAAUAAAUAAACACAACAAUGAGAAGAAAGAAAAAAAAUGUAAUACACGUCACAGAGGAAACCCCCAAAUGAAGAACAAAUUUGUUUUCAUAAAAUCUACACCUUAUGUUUUAAGACAUUCUAAUUAUAAUAGAAAUUUGAAAGAUUUAUACUGUAUAAAAGAAAUAAAAGAUAUAAAAGAAAUAAAAGAUAUAAAAGAAAUAAAAGAUAUAAAAGAAAUAAAAGAUAUAAAAGAAACUUUUCAUAGUACAUAUGAAAGUCAUAAUAUAAAGGAAAAAAUUGAUAUACACAAUGGAAACAAAAACGAUCAUAAUAAUAUAGAUAAUAAACCAAAUGAACAUAAAGAAGAAAUAUAUACUUCUAAACAAUAUACAGAUGAAAAAAUAUGUAAGAAAUUACAAAAAUAUUUAUAUUUUAAAAGAAAAAGAUAUAUUAUAUCUACAAUAUAUAUGCAUUAUAAAAGAAAAAGAAAAAAAGACACAAGUAAGAAGAACAUACAAAAAGAAGAAGAAAAGAAAAAAAAACAAUUAUCAUAUAAUAUAUAUUCGAAAGGUAAUAGUAUAAUAGAUAAUCAUAUAAAAUAUAAUAAUAUUAUAGAUAUAUAUAAAAGGAAUAAUUUUAUUUAUAAAGAUGAUAAUUAUAGAAGGACAUAUACAUAUGAUGAAAUCUUAGAAAAUAAUAUAAAUAUAUCUUAUUUAAUAAAACAAAUAAAUAUUUUGAAUGUUACUAUAAUAUGUGGUAUGAGAAAUGUGGGGAAAACAUUCCUUAGUAAAAAAAUAAAAAAUAGCAUAGUUAUUGAUAUAGAUGAAUAUAUAUUAAAAGAAGAAAUUAAGUUUGAUAAAUUAUCUAUAUCAGAUUUUAGAUAUUAUGAAUAUAUAACAUUUAUUUCUUCUUUAUAUCUAGCUUUUUAUAUAUUAACAUUUGAUCAGAAUGUGCCAAUACCUAAGCAUAAAAAUGGAGAUACAAUAAAACAUGUGGAUAUAAAGAAUGAAAAAAUAAAAUGGGCAAAUGAUAACAAAAAAGUAGGUCUUCAUAAUCACAUGAACAAUAAUAAUAAUAAUAAUAAUUAUUAUUAUAGUGAUAACUAUAAUUGUUUAGUUGAGAAUAAAGAUAAAGAACCUACUAGGAACAAAAACAAAAUUGUCAAAAAAGUAUCCUUUUCAGAUGUAUGCGAAAUAUAUGUAGAUGAUCCAAACUUUGAAAAUAAAUAUUAUGAUGAAAAUAUAUUUUAUACAUAUACAUACAAAGGCAUAACAUUUUAUAACAAAAAAAUAAAUGAUCUGUUUUGUAAAUUAAAAAAAAAAUAUAUAGAAGAAAAAAAAAAUGGAGAACAACGUAUGAACAAUAUUACAAUUGUAUUAGGAGGUGGAAUUAUUGAAUUUGAUAAAUCCAAAGAAGUAUUAAAAAAAUUAAAAAAUGUUAUUUUAAUUAAAAGAAAUAAAGAUGAAAUAUAUGAUAUAUGUAUAAAUGAUAAUAUAAAACCUAAAUUAAAUGGUAAUAUAAAAGAUAUUAUAAAUAGAAGAACUAUAUUAUAUAAUAAAUUAUCGAAUGCUUUUCAUUUUAUUAUACCUUCAGAAGAUAUGAUAAAUAAAUAUAUAAGACAUGAUGAAUAUAAUAAAUAUGUAAAUAGAAAUGAAUUAAUAGUAUAUAGCUUUUUAAGCUUUUUUAAUUAUCCUUUUUUUAAAAAAGUAUUAAUAAGUAAUGUAAUAGUAAAUCAUCGAUCUGGUAAUAAUAAUAAUAAUAAUAAGAAGAAGGAGGAUUAUAUUAAUCAUUAUAUAAAUAAUUAUAUUAAUAAUUAUAUGGAUGAUUAUAAUAAUAAUUAUAUUAAUAAUUAUAAUUGUAACAAUCAUACCAUUUUUAAUAAUAAUUAUCGUGUCCUAUAUAUCAAUCUAAAUAACCUCAGAUAUUUUCCAUAUAUGAAUUUAUUAAACAAUAAUUAUGAUAUUAUACAUAUAAAAAUAUAUAAAUAUGAACAAAUAAAAUUAUUGCAGCUAGCUAUUUUUCUUAUAAGAUCUUGUACAUGCAAAGAAUAUAAAAUUAUUGUAAAAUUAUAUCCUCAAUAUUUCUUUUCAUAUAAAGAAUAUAUUAUAAAAAAAAAGAAACAUAAAAAGAAAAAUAAUAAGAACUAUGGAUUUGAUAAUUAUAUAUGCGAAAAUAUACUACAUAUAUUUUAUAAAUAUAAAAUAAAUAUAUUUGAAUUAGAUAAUAAUUUUUUAAAAGUAGCCAAAAAAAUAUUAUCAUAUAAAAAGGAAAAUAUAUUUUUCAUUAUCUCCAAAAAAGAAAAAAUAGUAAAUGAAUUAAAUAUACAAAAUCAUUUAAAUAAAUUAAAUAUAUGCCAAGCUGAUAUUAUUAAAUUAUCACAUCAUUAUAAAAUAUCUUCAACAAAAUAUAAUCUCUUAGAACAUAUUUUAUUUAAAUUUUAUAUUCAUAAAAUGAAGCAACCCAUAAAUAGAUUAACAUUUGAAAAACUUAUCCACAAUAAUGAUAAGAAUCAACAAACUCAUAUUUUAUAUUAUAAUGUUAUUGACAAAUAUUUAUUUUACUUUCUAUAUAAUAACAUAACACAUCUGCCUUACAAUAAACAUUUCUUAUCUACAAUCAAAAAAAAAAAUAAAACACACGCACAUUUGCUUAAUAUUAAACACGAUCAUGAAAAUGAAACGAAAAAUAUUCAAAAUGAAUAUUCUUACACACACUCUUUUUAUUAUAACAAAGUAAAGCCUAUUAUGUUCUUUACGACCAUACAAAAUGUCGAACAAAAAAAAUGA